CUUAAAUUGUAAUGUCAAUUUUGACUGGCGAAUAUGCAAAUUCAGGGAGUGGAUCUCGUAGCCUCCCACAGGCAAACCAUUCAAUCAUAUCUCUAAGGGGAUCGUGUAUUUGUGGGUGUAUUAGAAGACCUCCUUGGGUUAUCCCUUCCAUCUCGGGAGUGGUAAACAAGGUAGAUAAUUCAGAAAAAAUGGUAGUCCAAAAAAUAGACUUGGACGCAACAAUCUAUAAUAGCAUUGCAGAAGUCAAGCUCUCUCAGCAGUUUAAAAAUACUACUGGAAGACCAAUUGAAUGUGUCUAUCAAUUUCCUUUAAAUGAAGAAUUCAUAGUCAAUGGAGUCAAAGCUACAAUAGGAGAUAAGACGGUUGAAACACAAAUUAUGAUGAAAGAGAAAGCAGCUGAAAAAUAUGAUGAUUCAGUCGCCCAAGGGAAUACAGCUAUCAGACUUGAAUACGAUGAAGAAAAUCAAAAGGCAUUGGUUCUUAAUAUUGGACAAUUACAGAAAAAUCAGGAAGUUCAGAUAGAUAUCAGAAUUUCGACCAAGUGCAAUUCCUUUAAGCAUGGCCAAUAUGCUUUUGUUUUUCCUGUGAACUUUCUUCCUGCAUUCAUGCAGAUGCAGGAUAAUCAGUUCAAGAUCAUAAAGCCUAAGUUCUCUUGAAGAAUCCUACUCAAAUGAGAUUCUGAAGUGACUAACCUUAAUACGAGCCAUGAGGAAUUCUCACAUUCUGUGGUUAAAGAUGGUAAUUUAUUAGAAUUCUCAGAUUUGGAAUCUGUUGGUCGAAAAGAUAUAAUGCUCUCAUACUCAUAUGAAGAUAUAAGACAACUAAACUUAAAGUUCUAUUCGUCAUCUAAGCACCCAGAUGAAGUAGUAGGCCACCUGAGUGGACUACCAAGGAUCUCUCCUGAGGUAAAUGAGGAAGGCAAAGCUGAAGAAAUGGUCCUAAAAGAUCCUGAUGGAAGCAAUGAUGAUCCUGAAAUAGCAACAGGCGAAUUCAUCUUCUUGAUUGAUAGAAGUUUUUCAAUGACUGGACAAAGAAUAUCCAUUGCUAAAGAUGCCUUAAGGCUAUUUAUUAGAAGUCUUCCUGAGGGGUCAAAGUUUAACAUUGUCAGUUUUGGAACAAGGUAUACUCUUUUUAAGGAAGAAUCUAUCGAAUAUAAUGAAGAGAGUUUAAAUGAAGCUAUUGAUGAGAUAAAUACUUUUACAGCAGAUCUGGGAGGUACAGAAAUCUUGACCCCACUGUGUGAAAUAUUUAAGAUGAAACCUACUCCUGGGUAUCCAAGAAAUAUAUUCUUGCUAACUGAUGGAGCCGUACAAGAUAAGGAAAAAGUAAUCAGGAAGAUAUCAGAAAAUUCUUCAAAAGCUCGUGUUCAUUCAUUCGGUAUCGGACACAGUGUUGACAAAUACUUAGUAAAAGAAUCCGCUAGAUCCGGUAAGGGUUCCUACUCCUUCACUACCGAGCAUGACUCUGACCUCAAUUCCAAAGUGAUCACCUCUCUCAAAGACUCUCUCCGUCCCUCCAUGACCAACAUAACCAUCGAUUGGAACUCUCUGGCUGAUGCUUUUAAGUAUCCCUCAAGUGUUUCCCUCUACUCCAGCUACGAAGACACUUAUGAAGAAGAGCCAAUCCACUUAUUUGUUAUUUUCUCGAAGCCCUUACUUGACCAGAUCUUGAAGACAAAGCCUAGCUGUGUCACUGUGAGUUAUUAUCAGUUCGAAGGAGGGAAGGUUAAAACUCUUUCUCUGCCCAUUUACAGCUGUUCACCACCUCUCACUACCCACUCUCAUCCUGUCUCGUUCAAAGCUCAACAGCUUGGGGCAGAAGAAGCCGAUUGUGAAGAAACACAAAAUAAAGAAGCCAAGGUUACUUUAGAAGAGGUACCCCAAAACCCGCCAGCAUUCACUCUCGCCUCUCAGCACCUCCUCCAGCACAUCAGCCCCCUUCCAUCCUCCGAUCUCUCUUCCACCAAAAUCUCCCUUAAGUACAACACUCUUUGCUCUACAACCACAUUCUUCGGCAAGCUCAAAACCCCCCACACCACUGGUGAAUCCCCUGCUCUCCUCACCAUCACCCCUAAAUCCUACUGCUCUAUCCAAUCUAUCUACUGUCAGCUUCCUUACACCACCAGUGGUUAUAGAAGAGGCAGUGUACCACUCACUGGCUACAGAGGAGGCAGAGGCAGUGGAAGAGGAGGUAGAGGAAGGGGUUUGAGUGUGACAGGGCAUGGAGAGGAGAGAAGGAGUAGAGGUGCAAGAGGAAGGGGGGUUGGGUUUGGGCAGAGUGGAAGGAGGAUGGGAGGUUUGGAGAGAAAUAGAGGGGUUGAGAUGGAGGUGGGAAGUGGGGAUAUGGGGUUGAAGGAGAGAGAUAAUAGGGAUAAGAUGAAGAGAAGGAGGAAUAAGUGUAGAGAUAGUCAAGAUAAAUGACAGUCGAAGAGUGGAUUAGGUGCAAGUAUUGAUAUUAAUCCUGAAACCAGAAAUAAAAUCCUCUCCCUUCAAGCUGCGAAUGGUAGUUUCAAAUCUCUCGCUUCUUUCAUUAAACCUCCUUCUCAACCAUCAGAACUCUCAAAUCUCGACCUUUCCAAGAAAGAUAUCACCCUCCUCUGGACCACGAUCACAUCUCUCGCAUACCUAUCCAAGUAUUUUGGAGCAAGUAGGAAGGAAUGGAGUUUGAUUUAUAAGAAGGGGAUAAGGUUUUGAGAGGGGGUGCUCAAGGGGGAAGUUGGGGUAGAGGAAAUUGUUAGGGAGGUAGUGAAGCAGGUGAGAUAGGUAUGAUGUUGAUUUUAAUAUUUGUUCAAUUUA